AUGCACACGUCGGUGUUGCAUUUUUGCUGCAUCUGGCCUUGCUGUUAUCGUCGGCGCUUCUGCUUCAGUCCGCUUGGCAUUCGCUGGGAUGAGGAGAUGAUUGCUGAACACGAUUUGUUGCGAGGAACUCGGAUCCCCAUUACGGAGCCCAAGACGCCUUAUAACAGGGAAAGGGUGGACGAUGAAGAGCCUGAAGAGCAGCCGCAGGCUGUGGAUCCAUCUGAAUUGGCUGCCCGACUGGUGCAGCUUGAGGACAGCAACACCGAGCAGCAAAAACAGGUGCACCAGGAAAAGGAUUUUAGGGAGAGGAGGAAGCAGCAUUAUAACGAAUUUCAUCAGAGCAAGUUGAUGCUUCAGUCUCUUAAAGAUGAAGACGAGGACGAAGAGUAG